AUGAAACCCAUGCCCCCAGUCUCCAGCAAACCUGAGCUGCCGCGGCCCUACAAGUGCCCCAUUUGUGGCAAGGCUUUUCAUAGACUUGAGCAUCAAACCCGGCAUAUCCGUACUCAUACGGGUGAAAAACCACACGCGUGUACCUUUCCCGGGUGCUCCAAACGUUUUUCGCGCUCCGAUGAACUCACGCGCCACUCACGCAUUCACACAAAUCCAAACUCGCGCAGAAACAACCGUGUAAUGAAGUAUACUUUUGCCGGUGAAGACACACAACAGCAACAGCAACAGCAACAGCAACAGCAACAGCAACAUCAACAGCUGCAACUGCAGCCACCACAGCAACCGCAACUGCAACCGCAACAAUUGCAAGAUGAAGCGCAACCUCAGAAACAAAAGCGUGCUCCCCGCAAAAAUAAGCCUGCAGAGGAUUCGAUAGAGACACAAGUUCCGGGUCAAGCAUCAGUGCAACCAGGAGUGGUUGCUUCGGAGGAACAGCAUCAACUGCAACAACAGCAACAACUGCAACAGCAACAGCAACAACAACAACAACUACAACAACAACACUUGCUGCCGUCAAAUACACUUCCUAUGCCCCAUGCUUUAGCAGCUCAGCAACAACAACAACAGCAACAGGGGUACCCCUUUCAAGGUCAAACUUCGUUCCCAUCAUAUACACCCAUACAAGACCAUUUGACAGGUAGCCAAGGUACUACAACUUCUAUAGACCAACCCGUACCUCGGCCCUUGGGUCCGACUUUGCCACCACCGCACUCGCUACAAGCUUCUGCGCAGACAUCCCGAUCAUAUACUAAAAUCACAGACACUUUUCCAACUGACCAGCAGCAACUGCAACAACAGCAUCAAAACCCAAACCAAAAUCAAAAUCAACAACAACAACUUCAGCAUCAACAGCAAAGCCCUGGGCACUAUGGAGCUUCAAGUACUCGUCCUUCAGGCACAGAGCGACUUAGCGCGCUAUCUAGCGUCAGCUCUUUAACAUCUUUAGCCUCUUCACCAAAUGGCGCACUGGCUCCCCACGGAUCUUCUCCACUCUCGGCUUCACCUUCAUACACUUCUAUGGCCGGUAUGAACCCGCCUAUUCCUACAAGCCAUCCUGGUCUUCCUCGUAGUGGCUAUUCUACAACGCUCAACUCACCCUAUUCAUCAUCACCAUCAUCACCAACCCUUCCACCUGUGUCGCUAGCUGUGGGGUCCUCCAAUCUUAACCAUCAAAACGUUCCACCCCUGAGUGCUCCCCUAAGUGGACCCCUGAAUGCACCCCCGUCUCUGCCCAGUGGUGCACCACAAUUUGUGCGAGUACCGCACUCUACUUUAACGCGUGCAUCGUACUCCUCACCCUUUGAUAUGAAUGCGUUGGCCACAGCAGCCACUCAACAACUUGAACGCGAACAGGCUGCUGCCAAAGCUCGUGCAGCUGCUGCCGCAGUGGUUAGUUCUGGGGCCUCUGGAGCUACUCCUUCUUCGUCGUCUUCAUCAUCUUCAUCCUCAUCCUCAUCCUCAUCUGCUUCUUCCCCCUCUGCCACAUUUUCUUCUCUGCAUUCCACAAAGUCUUCGCCGAGCUUAUCAUCGUAUUUUGGUGGUCAAAAAAGCGCAAACACAUCCCCACAUGGACCCUCUGGACUUAUUCAUCCAAUGCACAAUGGCGGUCCCUCUUCAGCAUCUUCAUCCACAUCGUCCCAUCAUGUGCUCGGGCACUCUGCAGCACAUCACCACCUGCACGGGUUUCCCCGCAUGACGCCAUUAACAGCUUUGCACGGAGACGAACACCACGGCAGUAACGUGUACCUGCAGCACCGUGCCAAACGCUCGCGACCAAACUCACCAGUGUCGACAGCUCCAUCCUCACCCAUGUUUUCACCUACUACUUCGCCCACACCGGACUACACACCGCUGGCAACUCCUGCACACUCACCAAGACUUCAUCCUCGUGGAGGUGGGCCUAAUGAAUUGCACGUACCACAAGUACCUCCACUGCAACCUGGACUAGAUGGUGGAGCUUCUGGGCGAUUUUUGGGUGGUCCUGGAGCCAUGGCUUCAUCGACUGAUCGCGAAAGUCAUGGGGUGCAGUUGCCAAGUAUUCGUUCUUUAUCACUUGGCCGACACAUGCAGCCACAGUUAGAUAACGGUAUGGGUCCAUCAGGUCCUACUUCUGCUGGGCUCCCAAGAUCUGGACCCGGUUCUCCAAAUGGAAGCACAAUUUUCCGAACAUCACUGUUACACACAAGUCACAGUGCGACUGCACUUGCUGGGCCUUCUGGUGCUAUGCGACGGUUUGCAUCUGCUGCUAGUUUGUCUGGUGGUCCUCCUGCAGGUGUCGUGGGAUCGUCGUCUUUGAGUGCAUUGGUACGACGACGCGGAAGCAAUGAAAAUGCCGGACCAGGACAAGGUCAAGGUCCACGAAAGUUUAUGGGGACCGGAACAGGCGGUGUCAUGUUUCCGAUGCUUGCUGGAGCUUCAGUUGGAGGGAAGCGCAAGAAAAAUGGCAAGGAUGAUGAAGAAGAAGAGGAAGAAGAAGAGGAUGGAGAUGCUAUAAUGAAGGAAGAAGAUGAAGAGACGAAAGAAGAUGAUCAGGAAGAUCAAGAAAAAAGGAACAACAACAACAAUAAUAAUAAUAAUAAUAAUAAUAAUAAUAAUAAUAAUAAUAAUAAUAAUAAUACUGGAGGAUUGACAGGACCUGGAUCAAGUGCACCGGCGAGUGCUACUCGGGUCCCAGUGUCUGAUUUAAUUAAUGGGUGA